AUGAUGAGAAGAGCCUUUGCUGAGACACGACGCACGCUGUGUAGUCUAAGUCUACCAAGUCUUUAAUUUAUUGAUGAAAUACCAUCGAAACAUCCUCCCAAUAACUUAAGACUUCAUCUCCAGCCUUCCUCUAUAUAUAGAUACACACAUAUACAAACACGCAAAGCAGAAGACCCACCUACCAUUAGCAAUCCUGCCUCUGAGAGAAGAUCUAUAUACAUACAUACAUAUACAUAUAUAUAUAUAUAGUUUACAAUUAAUUGAACAAGAUGGAAUCAGCAGCAGCAGCAGCAGCAGCUAUGAAGGUAAAAACGAAGCAGGAGAAAGCAGCAGCAGCAUGUGGAAGAAGGAAGAGUAAUAUAUUAUUAACGAAUCCUCCCGGUAAUAAUUAUACAGCUGGUAAUAGUAGCAGCAGUAAUACAAUGGCGGUGUGCACGAAGCAUCCCACGCACAUACAGUCCCCUGGAGUUUGCUCCAUUUGCCUAACUGAGAAGCUCUCCCAAAUUCCAAAUUCGUCGUCGUCGUCGUCUGCAACUGCCAACCACUACGACUGGAUAAUGUCCAAAUCGCCGUCGUCGUCUCCCGGCGGCGGGCUGAAGAAAAGCCGGUCGAUGGCGUUCUUCACGCAUCGGAAGAAGGAGGAGGAGAAGAAAACCGCCUUGGCUGCGGAGGCCAAACGGUGGAUUUGGUCGAAGCUGUUGAGGAGAAGGAACAAGGAAGGUCAAGGAGGAGGAGGAGGAGGAUCGUCGUUGAUGCACUCCACCACCACCACCAAACAAAGGGCUGCCCUAAUUGCCGUUCAUUGAUAUAUGUAUAUACAUACAUACAUUUUGAGCUUAAUUGUUUUAGGGUUUUCUGGUUAAUUAGGGAUUGAGGUUUCGUUUAGGAAGAAGGUUUUGUAGUUUUUAUUUUUCAUUUUUAUUUUUAAAUAAAAAAAUGGAGUGUAUAUUAAUUAUGUUUGUAAAAUGAAUGUUAUUUUAGAAAGCAACUAUUAACAAAUAAUGGGUUUUAAUUUGUUUGCCCCAUCCAAAU